UUUUGACAUAGAACACAAAAAAAAAACGAAAAGUUGUGUGACAUUUCCGCAGGCCCUUGAGGAAUGAAAUUAAUUUUUGGCUUUUUGUUUAAAAUAAUGUCCAGGUUUACGUGUUUGUUUUAUGAUUAACUUAUUAAUGGUGCAUAAAGAGGUCGCUUUAAUUUUACGUACAUAUAUCGAUUAAUGUGCGCUACUUUACUCGUGAAUACGCCCUUGAAAACAGUGAUACAAAAAGUCUAAAGUCAGCAUAGCAACAACACUUCAGAGGAUUUAAUUCUUGUUUUAAAGAAAAUUACAGGUUGCAGUUUGAAGUAGUGCCUUUUUGAGAUGUGUGCUGAAGAUGUUUGGAGGUUAAGGCUAGUAGAGAGCAACAGUUUUAUUUGAUAAGUAGUUUUUAAGUAUCAUAGUGGUGCUUUUUGUUAAUGUAAGAUGAUAACUAGAAGAUGGUUUCAUCCAUCGUUGAAUGGGGUGGAUGCGGAGAAAUUGUUACUAGAGUCAGGCCGAGAUGGAUAUUUCCUGGCUAGACCGAGUAUGAGCAACAAAGGUGAUUUUACUUUAUCCGUACGGAGAGGAGCUGAAGUUAUUCAUAUUAAAAUACAAAACAAUGGCGAGUUUCUUGAUCUUUACGGUGGCGAAAAGUUUGCCACGCUAUCAGAACUGGUUCAGUUCUACAUGGACAACCAGGGUCAACUACGCGAAAAAAACGGCAAUAUCAUACGAAUAAAGACACCUCUAAAUUGUGCCGAUCCCACAACUGAGAGGUGGUAUCAUGGUCAACUAACUGCCAAGGAGGCAGAAAGGUUGAUGCUAGAGAAUGGUAAAAAUGGUUCUUUUCUAGUAAGAGAAUCGCAACGUCAACCAGGCGACUUUGUGCUCUCCGUACGCACGCGAGAUAGGGUAACGCAUGUGAUAAUAAGGCGGAAGGACAAUAAGUAUGAUGUCGGCGGUGGUCAAUCUUUCGACGAUCUUGUCAGUCUCAUAGAACACUAUCGAAACUAUCCUAUGGUCGAAACAACGGGCGAUGUAUUGAGGCUUAUUCAACCAUUCAACGCAACUCGUAUACAGGUGCACCACUUCCAUACACGAGUUAAACAACUGCAGAAAGAAAACGAGGGACCUAUAGAGAGCAUGGCGUACAAACAAGGUUUCUGGGAGGAAUUUGAAACUUUACAAAUGAUGGAAAAUUUACAGCUUUUUGAUAGAAUGGAAGGUUCUAAGCCGGAAAAUAUUAGAAAGAACAGAUACAAAAAUAUUAUUCCAUUCGAUCACACCCGAGUCAUUCUACGGGACAUUCCAUCUGACGCCCCACCGGGUUCCGAUUAUAUUAAUGCAAAUUACAUCCGUUGCGAUUUCAUUGAUUCCAAUUCUGACUCACAGGAUUUGAACGGAAGUAACGAGAAUAACUCUCCCCACGCUAAAGACGGAGCAUCUAAAAAAGGGAAAACAUCACCCACUCACAAGGGAGUCAUUAUCACGCAAGAAAAACCAAGAGAAGUUUUAAAAGGUUACGGUAAUGGUACCCACAAGCUUAUACCUCCUUUCGAACUUAAUGUUCUCCGCACCAACCCAAACUACGUAAACACUACCAUACCGAAAUCUACGGAAGUAAUCGAAAAUGGCGAUCCGGACAAGGUUUAUAAUAAAAUCUACAUCGCCACACAAGGUUGCCUCUCAACCACGAUUUAUCAAUUUUGGUCGAUGAUAUGGCAGGAGGACGUACGCAUCAUAAUUAUGACAACAAAAGAAAUAGAGCGCGGUAAAGUAAAAUGUGAACGGUACUGGCCCGAACUUAAUAAGACGGAAGUGAUCAAAAAAUAUUCUAUUUACAACGAGUCCGAGUCUUCCACUCAAGAUUACACUUUACGACGUUUUGUUGUGACAAAGAAAGAUGAACCGAGCAUCAAGAGGACCAUAUAUCAUUUUCACUUCACUGCGUGGCCUGAUCACGGAGUACCUUCAGAACCAGGCCGAGUGCUAAACAUUUUACUCGACGUUAACUACAGGCUGCAACAAAUAAUGACCGGCCCGGAUCCACCAAGCCAGGCUGUCGUGUGUGUCCAUUGCUCUGCAGGCAUCGGAAGAACUGGUACAUUCAUCGUUAUUGAUAUGAUUCUGGACCAGAUACGGAAAGAGGGCUUCGAUUGUGAAAUAGACAUUCAUCGUACGGUGCAGAUGGUUCGAGACCAACGAUCUGGUAUGGUACAGAACGAGGCACAAUACAAGUUUAUAUACAUGGCCUUGCUAGAGUUUAUCGAAACUGAGAAACAGCGAGUAGGACUGCGCCCUGCGCCAGCUUCAGAAGCUCCGCGUAUUUGAUCCCAGUUAUAAAAUAUAUUCAAAGUAAGAGAGUCCUUUCUCAAAUAUUUGUAAACGCUUUAUCAAAUGAAAGAAGUAACAAACGAAAAGAUUUAAAAUGCAAAUCGAUAGUUUAUUAGAUGUGACAUAGUUAUAUGUAACUUUUAAAUCCUUUAUGUGCAGAUUAUGAAUUUGACGAUAGAUUUAUUGAAAUCCAAUACUGUAUAUAAAUGAGAAGAUAGCCGAUAUUUUUCACUGAUUGUUAUAAAAAUAUUAAGAAUACUUUAUAAUAAGUUACUCCUUUCGAAGGACGCAAAUUAACAGCGAACCAAGUCAAUAAAUUAGUCACCGUGGUUUUUUUUUUUAAUGAUAAAGAACGAAUCUGAAAUAGCAUUUUACAUUUUCCUGUUUAUUAUAUUUCUUCAUAUUUAAUUGGAUACUUUAUAUUUUUCUUUAUAAAAGUAGCUAUGAAGUAAUUAUGUAUAUUUAAAACAAUUAGCUCGACCAUUCAUUGUUUUUUUUUUUUUCUCUCAGGAAUCUUGUAAUUCGAAUACGCUUCACUGGUAAUUAAAACGAGAUUGAAAAUAAGAAAUCUUAUAAAGAUCAACUAUAGUACCUAAUUGUUGGUGAUAAAAAAUAUAAAAUAUGAAACGGAGACCUGAUAAUGUUUCAAAUAAUUUAAUUGCUUUAAAAUUGUACUAUAUAAAGUCAGGAGGUUGACUUUAAUGUGAUCUCGAAUCGAUUUUGAAUUAGACAGAGUAUAUUUUUUAUUUUGCAUACGACAUGUGUAAUUGAGUUAGAAAAAACACGAACUUUGAAUUUGAAACAACUUCAGUAGAACACAUAUUAUAACGAAAAUACAUCGAUAUAUAUUUGCCUCAUCUAACAUAAACAUUAGCUGUAAAUUUAUAGUAACAACAAUAUUUUUGUAUUGUAAUGAUAAUUUUUUUUUAAAUAAUUUUUAGGAGAGUUGUAGAUGGGGCUACCUUAUAAUUUAUUUAUAAAUUAUCUUUCGGCCACGAUACCUCUAAUCCACACAAAUAAUAUAUUUUAAAGAAUGUAAUAAGGUAGUUAUAGUGUGUCGAUAUAUCUACUUACCAAUGAAAUAAUUUUUAUCUAAAUAUUUCAUAGUGUUUAUUCUAUAUUGGUUUUUGAGCCUGAUGAUUGUGUUUUGAUUUUUUUUUUAUUUUGGCAACUGACUGCUGGUGCUUACGGAGUUUGUCUCAUAUUUCGCCUUAGGCGAUGGUGCGAUAUUUUUUUU